GACGACGAAAGGGACGAGGGUGAAGGGAGGCACACAGGCGAGGAAGAAGCGACGGUCAGAUUAAGGAAAAGCGAUAUCCUGCUUCUUUCUGUAAGCAGCAUCUCAUUUUGCAGGAACUAGAUCAUGCAGCCACCACCCCAAGCAGCCCCGUCGGGACUGGUCGGGCCACCUCCAGUGGGAAAUCCUCGGGGCAUGUUUUGGUCGAACAGCCCAUAUAGAAGACGGGUGUCCAGCAGUGUGCCGGCAGCUCCUGUGACAUGCCCACUGCAGCCGGUGACAGACCCUUUUGCUUUCAGUAGGCAGGUGGCCCAGGACACGUCCCUGGACACUUUGUCCAGAAGCAGCCUGCCUGUCGUGCCAGGCCCAGCACCCCCGGCAUUUUCUCAACACCCAGCUCUGCCUACACCUCACACAGGUACCGGGGAUCCUUCUCAAGGACCAUGUGAGCCUGUGCCGGGCCCUUUCCUGCAGCCCGGAGUGGAUGCCAGCCUGUUCUCCAGCGCAUCGACCCCUUCAGCGCAGCCUGGGCCCGAGGCGAACAGGAGCACAGAGAGGGGGCCCAGCUCAGCACCCAACGUUCCGACCCCACCGAAUCCUCCUCAGUGCAUUCCAGGAGUGGGUCCUGACAGUCCUUAUGGGGCAGCACCAGGGCCUGCCAGACCCCUCAGCAGGCAGAAUCCCCGCGACAGUGCUGGGCCACCAGCAGUAUCCUCUUUCUUCCCUCAGCCGCCUGUGCAAAUGCUGGAUUCGUGGGUGCCAGUCCAGGGGGGUCCACGGCCCUCAGGCCAGCACUGUUCCCCCUGCCCAGAAGGACCUGGCCACAGCGUGGUACCCCGGGCUUCUGGCCUUCCUCAUUUUCCCCCUCAGUCUAGGGCACACCAGAGUCCUGCCCAUGAACAGCAGCACAGCCCCCUCGCUCCUGGACCAGGACCCUUGGCUGGGGAUGAAAGGAAUGAGACAGCCUAUCUGCAGAGUGGAAACCACUCCACCCGUCACUUUGAUCCUGAGAACACGUUCAGGCAGAGCCCCAGAGUGGGCCCAGCCUGGGCGAGCCAGGAGUUUAGGCAGAAUCCGGGAGGCAGUAAAGAGCUCAGGCCAGACCCUGCUCUCGCUAACCCCCUUGCUCAGGGAAAUGGUCCCGACCACCACCUGCACUACCCCCCUGGGGCGGGGGCUGGCUCGGCAGCACUCUCCAUGUUCUUCCAAGGCGGGGAGAUGGAGAAUGAGGAGAACCUUUCAGCCGAGAAAGCAGGCUCUGGGGGGCCGUCUGCUUUUGAUGGCUUCUGCCCUAACCCCGGCCUUAGCCACCGUCCUCCUGCCGCACACAUGGGCACAGGCAGUCCUUCCCAGGCCUUCCUCCAGGGCCCCAGCAGUGAGACCACACAGCCAGGAGGGGACUCGCAGCCCUAUUUUUCUCAGUCUGCGGGCAGCCAGCGCGAUCAACCGACGGCUGGAAGUGCGGCUGCUGGUACGUGGGGUGACCCAGCAGGCCCAGGGACGUGUGGCGCCUUUGGCCCACAGUGUGAGAAUGUCGAGAACCUGGAAUUCAUCCAGAACCAAGAAGUUCUGCCGAGUGAGCCGCUGGGUUUGAGCUCUUCCUCCCAGAGUGACCCGUUCUGGUGUGGAGCCCUUCCCGGGCCGCCUACUCCCAAGAGCGGUGUCACGAGCCAUGUGGGAGGCGGGGGGCCACACCUGGAGGCCCCCAGUGCACCUGUACUCCCUGACAGCGUGUCAUCCAGCUACAGCAGUAAAGAUCACCGGGCCCCUCUGAGUUCGGCCAGACCCCAGGAGUUAGUGGGCACCUUUAUUCAGCAAGAAGUUGUAAAGCUUGAUGAAGAAGCUUCAGGCAGUUUCUUUAAACAAAUAGAUUCUUCCCCUGUGGGAGGAGAGAUGGAUGAGACCCCCAUGAGCCAGAACUACCGCCACAGUCUAUCCCAGCCCUCGACCCCAAGUCCUCCGAAGCCCACAGGGGUAUUUCAGACAAGUGCAAACAGUUCUUUCGAGCCAGUGAAAUCCCACUUCGUUGGGGUGAAGCCAGUUGAGGCAGAUCGUGCCAACAUGGUGGGCGAAGUGCGGGGCAGCCGUGUCCGCCAGAAGAAGCGGAGACCAACAGCCGCCCUACCUGAUGCCUCCCCUGGCAACCUGGAGCAGCCGCCCGACAACAUGGAGACCCUCUUCACUGCCCCGACCUGUCUGCUGCCCCUCAGCACCUCUGUGGAAGCUGGCCACGUCCUUCCACACACUGGGGGGCCACCUUCAGAAACCGGGUUCCCGACACCUGAGAAAAGGUCCUCGGCCAGGGCUCAGGGGGCUGUGAAGUGCGAGAGCCCAGCUACGACCUUGUGGGCACAAAACGAGCUUCCAGAUUUUGGGGGCAAUGUCCUCCUGGCGCCAGCUGCCCCUGCACUCUGUGUCCCCACAAAACCUCAGGCUUCAGAGGUGAUUCAGCCGCCUGACGAGGGUGUCGGCGGGCAGCAGCCAACCAAGCUGUGCUCCCUGUCCCCACUCCAGAACCGAGACGGCAUUGGUGCUUCUGAAAACCUCGAGAACCCUCCCAAGAUGAGCGAGGAGGAGGCCUUCCAACCUCAGGCAGGUUCCGGUUACGCCAGCCUGCUCCCCUCGCCGCCGCCCGACUCUCUGCACAGCCAGCCGGUCCUGAUCGCCCAGCCCGAUCAGAGCUAUAAUUUGGCUCAGCCCGUUCAUUUUUCCGUGUCGUUGUCAAAUCAUAAUGAGAAGAAUCCUCCCCAGAGAGACCCUUUGGUGGGGGAUAGGCCUGCACUGGGCAGCUGGGGUCUCCCUGGUGAGUCUGGAGAAAGUGCUUCCUUGUUGGGGCUCCCACUCAGUGCCCCCGUCAGCCCGCCUCUGCUGAGCAGUCUCGCCCAGGGUGGUUUUCCGCAAGCUUCUGGUCCUGAAACAGUUGUGAAGCAGCCUGCCUCCCUGCUGGCCCAGCCCUCACCUCAGCCGCCUCCAGUGAGCUUGGCUUCAGAAAGCCUCAAGAACUGCACCACGGAGAGCGUGCCUCCUGCGUUCACUCACAGCCCUGCUGGGAGCGCGGGGGUGCUGUUGUUGCCACCCGGGAGCGGCAGUCUGCCACCUAACCGCUCCAGCAGUGGGGAAGAAACUUCUGGAGCCCUAGACUUUACGUUGAACAGGACUUUGGGAAAUCCUGUAAGAAUGUGCAGUCCGUCCCAUUCUGACGGCCCAGCUGCCGCUCAGCAGAGCCUCGCCGGUCAUCCGAGACAGCCUGGGCCUGGAGCACAUGACCCAGACUGUUUCUACCAGCAGGUGACACAAGUGGCCCUGGGCCCGAGUGGCCUUGAGAGAGCCCAGCUGGAGUCAGGGCCUCCGCAGCAGCCCACUCUUGCCCCACAAAUGCCCAAGGCAGCGUUGCCAGAACCUUCCAGCACAGGAAGCCCACCUGCACCAGGCCAGGCCCACAGUUCCGCCCAGCCACCAGCGAGUCCCGCUCCGGCCGACACCGGUCAGCAGGUGCUACCUGGGCCUCCUCGGUCCUCCAGCAUGUCUGUCACCUCAGCCAGCUCGAGCCAGGCAGCUGGGCGGUCAGAGCCGCAGUGGCCACCUCCGCCGCCACCCCCGGACUUGUCAUCCUACUACUAUUACAGGUCCUUCUAUGACUUGUACCCACCUCAGUAUCCCUUGCCGUACCCGCCGGAGCCUGGGACAGCGCCCGUCUAUUACAAGGACACCUAUGGCCUGUACAGGCCCUACGACAGUGCCGCGUCUGCCUACGCCGAAAACUACCGCUUCCCUGAGCCUGAGCGGCCUAGCUCGCGGGCGAGUCACUGCUCGGACCGGCCGGCACCCAGGCAGGGAUACCCUGAUGGAUAUUAUCAUUCCCAAGGCGGAUGGAGCAGUCAGAGUGACUACUACGCAAGUUACUGCUCCAGCCAGUAUGACUACGGAGAUCCUGGCCACUGGGAUCGCUAUCACUACGGUUCUCGAUUCAGGGACGCCCGCUCCUACGACCGGAGGCACUGGUACGAUGCCGAGUACAAUCCGUACCGGAAAGAGACGUAUGCAUACGGGGACAGACCUGAGAGGUACGACGAUCCCUGGAGGUAUGACCCCCGCUUCACGUCCAGCUUUGAGGAGGACCCGGAGCUGCACCGAGACCCGUACGGGGACGAGGGGGACAGGCGCAGCGUCCACAGCGAGCACUCGGCACAGAGCCUGCACAGCGCCCCCAGCCUGCACAGCCGCCGCAGCAGCGUCAGCGCCCACUCACAGCAGAGUCAGAUUUACAGAAAUCACAAUGUGACUGCCGGCUCCUAUGAUGCCACGGCUCUGCCGGGUUCCUUUCACGGUGAUUACGGCUAUGGCACUUACGGCAGUGAUUUCAGCGGUGUGCAGGCCUUUCCUGAGUAUGGCUACCCUGCAGGCACCAGCUGGCCCACCGCGGGGUCAGCUCCAUCAAGACCAAGCUCUCCUGAGAAGUUUUCAGUGCCUCACGUCUGUGCCAGGUUCGGUCCCGGUGGGCAGCUCAUCAAGGUGAUUCCAAACCUGCCUUCGGAGGGACAGCCAGCGCUGGUCGAGGUGCACAGCAUGGAGACGCUGCUGCAGCACAGCCUGGAACAGGAGGAGAUGCGCUCCUUCCCGGGCCCGCUCGGCAAAGAUGACACCCACAAAGUGGACGUUAUUAAUUUUGCACAGAACAAAGCUACAAAGUGUUUGCAGAAUGAAGAUAUAAUUGACAAAGAGUCUGCCAGCCUUCUCUGGAAUUUUAUCAUUCUGUUAUGCAGGCAGAAUGGGACCGUGGUGGGGACUGACAUCGCGGAACUCUUGUUACGUGAUCAUAAAACCGUGUGGCUUCCUGGGAAGUCGCCCAGUGAGGCAAACCUGAUUGAUUUUACCAACGAGGCCGUGGAGCAAGUGGAGGAGGAGGCAUCCGGGGAAGCCCAGCUCUCCUUUCUCAACGACAGCCAGGCGGCCAGCACCAGCGGUCUGGAGAAAGACACCGAGCGCUUCAGGGAGCUGCUGCUCUACGGCCGCAAGAAGGACGCGCUGGAGUCUGCGAUGAAGAGCGGCCUGUGGGGUCACGCUCUGCUGCUGGCCAGUAAGAUGGACAGCCGGACGCACGCCCGAGUCAUGACCAGGUUUGCCAACAGCCUGCCCAUUAAUGACCCCCUGCAGACGGUCUACCAGCUCAUGUCUGGGCGGAUGCCGGCAGCGUCCACGUGUUGUGGAGACGAGAAGUGGGGAGACUGGAGGCCGCACCUUGCGAUGGUUUUGUCCAACUUGAACAACAGCAUGGAGGUGGAGUCCAGGACGAUGACCACAAUGGGGGACACGCUGGCUUCCAAAGGCCUCUUAGAUGCUGCGCACUUCUGCUACCUUAUGGCCCAGGCUGGAUUCGGGGUCUACACAAAGAGAACAACAAAACUCGUGCUGAUUGGCUCGAACCACAGUUUGCCAUUUUUAAAGUUUGCAACCAAUGAAGCUAUUCAGAGAACAGAAGCCUACGAGUACGCCCAGUCCCUUGGGGCCCACACCUGCUCCCUGCCUCAUUUCCAGGUGUUUAAGUUCAUCUACGCCUGCCGGCUGGCUGACAUGGGACUGGCCACACAGGCCUUCCACUACUGUGAGGUCAUCGCCAAGAGCAUCCUGGCGCAGCCCCACGCGCACUCGGCCGUGCUCAUCAGCCAGCUCGUCCAGGUAGCCUCCCGGUUACGACUCUUUGACCCCCAGCUGAAAGAGAAGCCAGAAGAGGAAUCCUCUGCCGAGCCCCCCUGGCUGGUCCGGCUGCAGCGUGUGGAGAAGCAGAUGCAGGAGGGUGCUGGGACCUGGCGGCAGGAUGGAGCCUUCCCCCCACAGUGUCCCAGCACGCCAAGCUCCGAGGUGGAGCAGUACAAUGGCCCAGGCCCCAGGCAGCCAGCAGCUCUCGGCCCCGAGAACCCGCUGCUGCUGCCUCUGCCGAACACUGAACUCUCCAGCCCCAGUGUGCAGCUGCUGCCGUCAGCCAGCCUGGUGCGUGGCUCGGUGCCCCUGGGCAGGCAGCGCCCUUGUCUGCCCGUCACGUUUGAUAACGGGCGCGAGCACCCACCCUGUCCACCCCGAGAGGGCCGGCUCUGCCCUCCCCAAGCCGCCACGCAGCAGCCCGGCCCCGCCAUGGUGCCACUCUUCCCAGUGCUGCCCCCGGCCGAGCCAGGGCCUGUCUGUGCGCCCCCAGGGUCUGCACUUGGCUUCCCAGAGCCCGCACGGCCUGAUCUCACAGCGCCGUACCCAGCGCCAUACCCAGGGCCAGGCGUGCCAGCAGGUGUCCCUGCUGUCCAGCAAGACGAGCCUGGGCAUCAGGACUCAGGCGUCCUGCCUCAGGAGUCCCCUGUGAGGAGCUCCCUCUCGGAGCCGAGAGAGGACGAUUUUGGCGGAAACAUGGCUCAUCUGGAGUACACGGGGCAGUCACAGGACUCGGAGCCCCCCCUGGGGUGGGAGCACACGGACUCUGGUGGGCUGCCGCCUCCCGAGCUGAAGAAGCCUGUGAAAGCCACCCAAGAUGAGGUCAAGGAACCUAAGAAGACCGUCGAGUCCUGGUUCUCUCGUUGGCUGCCUGGGAAGAGGAAGACAGAAGCUUAUCUGCCGGAUGACAAAAACAAGUCGAUUGUUUGGGAUGAAAAGAAGAAUCAGUGGGUGAAUUUAAAUGAACCGGAAGAGGAGAAGAAGGCUCCACCCCCACCUCCAACGGCAUUUCCCAGGGCUGCUCAAAAUGCCCCUCCCGGGCCUGGUGGCACCCCCAGAGCCGCUGUGAACGUGUUUUCUAGAAAAGCAGCCAGAACCAGAGCUCGCUACGUUGAUGUUUUGAACCCAAGCGGGACCACGCGGGGUGAACCCGUCCUUGCUCCCGCAGAGUUCUUUGCUCCACUUGCCCCACUCCCGAUUCCUGCACACUUGUUUGUCCCAAACCCAGCUCCCGAGGAGCCCCCGCCUGCAGGAGUGGGUGACCCAGGAGGGCAGGCGCCAGCCGGGGGGCAGGCCCAGCCUGAGCCCACCUCGGAGACCAAGAUCGUGAGCUCUGCAGCGCGGCCCCCGGGCUCUGAGUUCCCGCCCUGCGGUGCGGACGUGUCCCGGGGAGGAGAGGCACCCAGUGACCAGACCCCUGCAGGGGGCCCUCCAGGGGGAGCUGUGCCCUUCUAUAACCCUGCCCAGUUUGCACAAGUCUCUGCUGCCUCGGGAGGUUCGAGGACGGGGAGGAUGGGCCAGAGGCAACAGCCAGCAUUGAACUAGAAUGUUCUGUUCUGGAUUAGCAUUUGGACCCUGAAAUAUCUUCUCCAUCAAGAACUCGGAGUGACUGCUGCUGACUGUCUUCUGUCCCGAAACGGACAGCCUGUCAUUCUGAACUGCUGCCAGAAUUAAUUCUCGGUUCCUUUCAGAUACUGGAUAAAAAGAGCCAAUCUGUUACUCAGAACCUUUUACCUACAAGAAUGCUUUAAGGAUGUUACCUUCUUAGUCAUUCGAGAAUGGUCAGAGUAUGUAAUCUUAAUCAUCUAAGUGUCACAUUCAUGAAACUGGAAAGGCUGCUGCUACCAGGGAGAAGUGCCUUCGGCCAGCAGGCAGCUCAGAGGCUGGCAAGCUCUGCCCUUGCCAGCCCUGCCCCCUUUCAGGUGUUGGAUCAGAGAGUGAGUGGUGUGGGAGGGCGAGGGCCUUGGUGCCUGGUCUGCCACCACAGGCAGCUCCUGACUCACCAUCUCUGCAGCCGGAAGAACAAUGUGAGGGUGUCACACUCUUGUUCGUUUCAGAGGCUGUGACAUUCUCCACCAGCACCUGAGCGGAGACGGGCACUGACUUGGGUGGUCACAGUCAGCCUCUGAGAGGGCCUUCCUCCCGGCAGCGGCGGCCUUUCCGGCUUCACUUACGCUCCUGCGCCCUGCUAGGGCCACAAGUGAUUUCACACAACCAAAGGGACCAGCUCGGCCCAGCCACACAGUCUGUGCCGCUGCCGACAAAGAGCCACGGCAAAGUUUAUACUCUGAAGGUGACUGGCAGGCUCAGAUUUUGGGGGGUUCUGGCUGAUCCAGAUAAUCCACAUGUGACAUCUGUGACUGCACCACGUCUGCCUUGGGGCGUGUUCUGGUCAGGCUCCAUGGGAGGGCUGCACAGUGGUGCCCUCGACAUCGAGGAGCGGGUACUGGGUUGUGAGCCUGUUGACCUGCUACUCUGAUAUCAUUGAAGGGACUGGUAACAUCUUGAAGAAAGUGGCUCACAACAAUUUCUUGACAGAAGCUCUGGAAUCGAGUAUUUCUGCCCCUGAAUCUUCCCACACUGAGAGCUUAGGUAGCUGAUAGGUGACUGACUCAGCCAUACUCAGCUGCAGUGGAGCGUCCUGUUGGACUCCUCCAGCUUUAAGGCUUCAUCAGCUAUUCUCCAAAGCCUUCACGUUUUUGUCUAAGAGUCCGAAGAAGAGUGGGCUAUUUAUAAAAUGAGUAGGGCGAUCGUUUCUGUAGGCUCUGCUGCGGGAACAGGAACCGUUUGCUGGGUACUUUAGAUUCAAAGAGUAGAAACUGUAAAUGUGGAGUUAGCCCAGGCCCCUCCUGCUGUCCUGGCUCACUGGGAUCACCCAGGAAAGACCACAGAAUGUCUCCACUGUCUCACAGACUCGUGUGACUGGCCCUUUUGUCCCUGUCACCUUCGUUGAGGAGGUCUCGUGUGUGGGCUCUGUGUCCCCUCGUCCCUGCCGAUUGUCCUGUGUAGACUGCCAACCACUUUUGAUUCAAGACACUUCCUCCGAGGCGGGAGCUGCUAUUUUUCCUAAAUGCAAAUUGUUA